AGGGCAUGACGUCACUUCCGUCAGGCUUGGAGGGGCGGGGCCUACGCUCCCUGGGCCCACAGAGUGCCAGGAGGGGGCGGUGUUACGAGCUAGGGGAGGACCCCGAGCGCUAGCUGACGGCGGUCCCUUUGACUACGCGAUUCCAUAGCCUUGGCAGCCGGAGUAGGCUUCCGAGGCCAGGACCGAGCGAGCAGAGUUUCGUUAGCCCUAAAGGUGGCUUCUGCCGGAAAAGGAGGACAGGAUGCUCUAGUCCUUAAGCUACUCAGCUAUGGGAUGAUAUUAUUCACUCCCUUCAGACUCAGGUGGAAAUAAAAAAGAAGCAUCAUUGACGAACAUACAAGAACUGUUUUACUGGCUCUGAUGCUGUUGAUGUAGCAUCAAGUCAUCUUAUGCAAAACAUGUGCUUAAGUAGUAAUGACACCUCUCCUCUUAAAGGAGUUUGUCUUUGCCAAGUUCUAACGAAUCAUCAAGUACUUGAACCAGUAGGAAUGAAGCUACUGAAAAAUGAAAAGGAACUCUAAUUUGAAGAUUAAAACAGUAGUCCCAACAAGUUUCUAGGCAAUAAAUCAUCAUAUAAAAUUAUCCACACAGUAAGUGGAAAUGUGGUUAUACCUCCAAAUAUCACAAUCCUGGACAAACCUGUUCUCUCACUUUCAAAAGAAGGUCGGUCCUCUGCAGAGUUCCUCUUUGCUUGCAAUGGGGACUGUUUAGACCUUUAA